AUGGCACCAUCCCCCCGCGUACUCUUCACAAUAUUGGUGCAUCUUUGCACUGUUGCUAGCUGCCUCUGCCAUAACCAGCCAAGAUUCACCGCCAUAUACGCUUUCGGUGAUUCUUUUGCGGAUACGGGCAAUAACAAUUUCCUUGUCACGCUACUAAAAGCCAACCAUGCCCCGUAUGGACAAUGCUUUCCCGGUCGAGUAGCAACAGGAAGGUUUUCUGAUGGAAAACUCAUUCCAGAUAUUUUGGCUUCAGCACUUGGGAUCAAAGAGUUCGUUCCACCUUUUCUGGAUCCAAGUUUGUCGCCUCAAGAACUCCGGACAGGCGUCUCCUUUGCCUCGGCGGGGUCCGGGUACGAUGAGCUGACAACCGUCUUGACUAACGUAAUCCCUGUUCCGAAACAGGCCGAACACUUCGAGCAUUACAUAGGGAGGCUGAACCAGGCUGUAGGAGAAGUUGCUGCUAGAAAUAUAGUUAGAGGCUCCCUGUUGGUGCUCCUGGCGGGAACCUCUGACUUUCUAAUAAACUUUUAUGACACCCCUACCAGACAGAUUCAUUACAACCUCACUGGAUAUCAAGAUUUUCUGCAGCACAAAAUUCAACAAUUUAUCAGGACGCUAUACGAUCAGGGGGUUCGAAAAUUUUUGAUAGCCGGGCUGCCUCCAGUUGGUUGUUUCCCAAUACAAAUAACAACAAAAUUGAAGUUUCAGUUGUCGUGCGCGGACGACGAGAACGGGGAUGCCCAGUCUUAUAAUCAGAAGCUCAUUUCCCUCUUAGCUAAAAUCGAACCAACUCUACCAGGGGCUAAGCUUGUCUAUGCCGACAUAUUCUCGCCGUUAAUUGACUCGAUCAUCUACCCUGCAAAAUAUGGAUUGGCCAUAACUAACAGAGGUUGCUGCGGGACCGGAUUGCUGGAAGCAGCGUUUCUGUGUAAAGAAUUCAGUCCAGUUUGCCCAAAUCCAGCCCAAUUCCUGUUCUGGGAUUCAACUAAUCCUUCAGAAGUGGCCUAUAAGAACAUAGCCCAAUUCUUACUGCAGCAUGCUCUGCCUCAACUCGCGUAA